CGCACGGUGGUAUGUUGUUUCUAUCAAUAGAAAUAUAUCGUGGUAGCGUGUUUAAGUUUUCGCGCCGAUUUUCAAAGUACCAACUUGACAGUGCUGGUCAUUCCCGAAAAGUACAAAUUGUCGCGACCAUGAAGUGAAGUUUCGUGAGCUUAUCAGUUUCUGUGUAUCGGGGUGUCUUAUUUUAAUUUGUAAAUUAUUAUAUAUUGGUUUAAACAUCGAUAUUAUGGGUUGUCCAUUCUGUUUGUUGCUAUGCUGUUUACUCGUGAUUGGGCAUGUUCAAGACUCGCUGCAGUUGAAAAUCAAGCAGGUGAAGAUUCCAGAGACUGUGCAGGAAGGUGAAUUGGAUUACGUGAUUUUGGACUGUGAUUACGACCUUGAAGGAACUUCUGCAAAACUUUUAGUGGUGAAAUGGUUUUUUAAAAAGGAGGAAUCACCGUCAGAAGAUUUUUAUGUGGCGUAUCAGUGGAUACAUGGAAGACUACCAGUAGCUGAACCUAGUUUUAAGAAAUAUAUAGAUAUCCACUACAAAGCAAGUGAUGAUCCAUUCACAAUGUAUCGUGCUCUGAAAUUGAAUAAACCGACUGUUGACGUUACUGGCACAUACAUGUGUCAAAUUUCCACUGUCGAUGAUGAAACUCAAGCACAAGGAUCGAUGGUCAUAUAUUCUGCAGAAAAAAGAUUCGAAUUGAUCACCAGAAGAACUACCGUAGAAGAAAAAGAAGGGGUAGAAGUGACGUGUGUCGCCGAAGGGCUCUAUCCUCAACCAACCCUCGAGUUUUUCGUUGAUGGUGAUUUGCAAGAAUACUCAACAAAACCUGAUGUUACAAUGAAAGCAGGAUCUCCGUAUUAUAAUAUUUUGGCAAGAAUAGACCUUGAAAAUGAGGAUUUACAAGAGCUAGCAAUUCUCAAGUGCACACUUAGCAUAUCAGAAGCAAAUUAUAACGUCUCUCGAGAAUCGGUCUACCAACCUGGAACGCCCACAACCACUACCACUGCUACAACGAAGCUGCUGAGAAAAAUGGAGAUCCAGGCGCUAGACAAGUCAGAACCAGACUUUGGCUAUGGUGGUGGUAACACUGCAAAUAGUAGGUUGUUCAGUUUGUCGUUGAUUAUAGCACUAGUCACUACUACUAUGUUAUAGGAAUACUGGCUGAGAGCUUGCAUCUUGUUUCAAAUUAAUUAGAACUCACUCCGCUGCAAAAGGGAUUCCUUACGUCGCCACUCACAGGAAGAUUCACAGCUCGGAGAGAUCAUUUGUAUAAUUAAACUUUCAGUCUAAAUUACGUUUAGCAUACGUAAUGCAAAAAAAUGUUUUUACAUUUCAAAAAGUUUUUGAAAAUAAUUGAUGUCUUUUAACAUCAAAAAUUCAAGUCAUUAUACAACAAUAUACAGUAGUAAAUAUGUACAUACUUGACCGUGUAAAUAUCCGAAGAAAAUUGUAAGCAGUAAACAAAACUCCGAAAAGUUUUGAUACGAUAUCGAUAAAAUCGAAAUAUUCACUGAGGAAAUAAGGAAACUUUUAUUCAAAUAUUUACCUCGGCAAUAUGAUGUGGGAUAAUAAUAUUGUUGUAAUGUGUGCAUAUGAAUUGUAAUAAUUCCACAUGAACGUUCAGGAUGAAGUUCUAAUUUUAUAAAAUGAUCAAUUAUAAUUUCGUGCUACAAAAUUAAUUUCUAAUCUCUUGUAUUAAAAUUAAAUAAUAAUUCUUCAUGUGAAAUUUCAUCCAAAUAAUAUAUUUUUAAAAACUCUUGUUUCUAGAUAUUAUAUUCCACAAUUUGAAUAUUUUAGAAGUUGCAUAUGCACAGAAAUAAAGCGAUUAGAGUAAAUUAUAAACUUAUUUGAUUUACGCUUUACUGCUACAUUGCAGAAUCCCAAAGAAUAUUAUAUGCAAAGAACUUAUUCCAACAAGAAAGGAAAUAAAGAAAUAGAGGCUACUCUUUUUUGUUGACAUUGAAUUACACUAAGUGUAGUUAUUUAUUCUAAAUUUGAAUACAAGACAUGUCAACGGUGAGACAAGGAAUUUCAAAUAUUUCUUGUAUCGACUGUCAUCGAAUUUAUGUAGAAAUUAAAAUUUCUAUAACAAUCUAGUGUAAAAAAUAGAAUUAUGAAAUUUGGAAAUUUAUUAUAUUCUGAAGCUGAAUUUCUUCAGCGAUUCAAGGUAUUUGUAAAUUUCUUCUGAACGUACACGACUGUGUAGAAUAUUCUAUCUCUCCCUAGUCUGAUUUUUCUACCAAUGUUGAUUCAGCGUCAUUAGUCGAAUAAACACAUGGCAGAAUGUUACUGGUUCUCCUUUUAUAAAAUAGCGAAACCUAUAUUUAUUUUAAGAAUUAAAUUCUCCUUGUAUUUAAAAUUUUUAUAUUUAACUCCGUUAUUUAAUGUUAAUGGGAACCAAUAAUAUUUCAUACAGCUUGUAAAAUAUAAUAUAACGAAAUAAAUCUAAUCUAUAAUAUAAUAUUUCUUGGCAAUAAAUCUAACAUUGUAAAUAAGAUGUGUGGGGUGUAUAAAAGUUCAUAAGGGUUGUUUGAGAAACAGUGAAAGAAACACGAAUUGUUUCAGUCGAAAAAAUUCUAUGAAUUUAACCUAGUCUUGUAACUAAUCACACAAAAUAUACCAAAUAAGCAACUGACAAGAAUAAUAUACAUUAGCGUUAAGUUUAAACUAAACAAAAACAGAAAUUAUUAUAUUUACAUAUGUAAUAUUGAUAUUAUAUGCGUUUUACAGUGUAAUGUUUCCGAUAUAACAAUGCCGAAGAAUAAAAGAAUUUGUUACUA